UAUAUAUAAAAAGAGAAGCACCGCCCUAAUCCACCAUUCACAACCGUGACAUUCAAACACUCUUCAGUCUCUCUUCCUUCUUGAUUCGUCCUCUCAAUUUCUUUAAUCCAUUUCUCUUUCCUUUCUUCUUCAUCUAUGGACCCUUUACCUUCCCAACAACAACAACACAAUCUUGACGAUAGUAUCCAACAAACCCUAACCCACAAUCCUCAAACCGAUUCCACCGACUCAACCUCCUCCGGCCAACAACGCAAACGUAAAGGCAAAGGUGGUCCCGACAACUCCAAGUUUCGUUACCGUGGCGUCCGACAAAGAAGCUGGGGCAAAUGGGUCGCCGAGAUCCGCGAGCCACGUAAACGCACUCGCAAGUGGCUUGGUACUUUCGCCACCGCCGAAGACGCCGCACGUGCCUACGACCGAGCCGCCGUUUUCCUAUACGGGUCACGUGCUCAGCUCAACUUAUCUCCUUCCUCUCCUUCAUCAGUCUCUUCUUCUUCCUCCACCGUCUCCGCCGCUUCCUCUUCUCCUUCUUCCUCUUCUUCCUCCACUCAAACCCUAAGACCUCUCCUCCCUCGUCCCUCCGCCUCCUCCGCCUCAGCCUUUGGUCAUUACGGUGUGCCUUUUACCAACAAUAUCUUUCUUUCUGGUGGGACCUCUAUGUUAUGCCCUAGUUAUGGUCUUCUCCCUCACCAACACCAACAACAACAACAAAAUCAGAUGACGCAAGUGGGACAGUUCCAUCACCAACCGUAUCAGAAUCUUCACUCGUGUAAUAACAAUAACAAGAUGGGUGACGUGGAGCUCACAGAUGUGCCGGUUGCUAAUUCGACGUCGUUUCGUCAUGAAGUGGCGUUAGGGCAAGAACAAGGAGGAAGUGCUUGUAAUAAUACCAAUUAUUUGAUGGAGAAUAUGAAUUCUCUAACUGGCUCGGUAGGUUCAAGUCUAUCAAUAUCCACGGCCGUUGUUGAUCCGGUUAGUUCUAUGGGUAUGGAUCCGGGUUAUAAUAUGGUUGGUGAUGGAUCUGCUACGGGUUGGCCUUUUGGCGGAGAAGACGAGUAUAGUCAUUGGGGGAGUAUGUGGGAUUUUGUUGAUCCCUUCUUGCUUGACUUUUGAUCAUAUGGCAUCGAUUAGGAACCCUAAAGGUCGGUCAAGACCAUUAAAGAUUCUGAGGAUUCAUUUUUGAAAGGAAUCAAGGAGAUUACACUCGAUGAGGAGCUUUGCAUGCACAAGUUUGGAGGAUUUUUUACAUAUAGAUAAUUAAGAGGAUGUUUUUACUGCUUUGAAGAUUUUUUUAGUAUAUUUUCAGGGAAUUCGUAAAGGAGAUUACGGUUCCAAUAAAGUAUAUACAUAUGUGGAAGAGGAGGAGAACGGUGGAAAGUUUUAUGCGAGUUUAUUGGCACUUCAUAGAGUGCCUCAUAGGAUGAUAUUUUCGAUUUUGUUUGACUUUCAGAGGUUUAUAUAUCUCAUUUUAUCUCUGAGAGUUUUAUUUAUUUAUGUGUACUAUUAGUGAUGG